UGGUGUUCAGCGCCAUGGCAGGGCCAGCGGGAUACCUUCGACGUGCUAGUGUGGCCCAGCUGACCCAGGAGCUGGGCACUGCCUUCUUCCAGCAGCAGCAACUGCCCGCGGCUAUGGCGGACACCUUCCUGGAACACCUGUGUCUCCUGGACAUUGACUCUGAGCCGGUGGCGGCUCGCAGCACCGGCAUCGUUGCCACCAUUGGGCCAGCAUCUCGCUCUGUGGAACGCCUCCAGGAGAUGAUCAAGGCAGGGAUGAACAUUGCACGACUCAACUUCUCCCAUGGCUCCCAUGAGUAUCAUGCAGAGUCCAUCGCGAACAUCCGAGAGGCAGCUGAGAGCUUUGCAGCUUCCCCGCUCAGCUACAGGCCUGUGGCCAUCGCCCUGGACACCAAGGGACCAGAGAUACGCACCGGGAUCCUGGAGGGGGGCCCAGAGUCGGAAGUGGAGAUUGUGAAGGGCUCACAGGUGCUGGUGACUGUGGACCCGAAGUUCCAGACACGGGGCACCGCAAACACAGUGUGGGUGGACUACCCCAAUAUCGUCCGGGUCCUUGCAGUGGGGAGCUGCAUCUUCAUUGACGACGGACUCAUCUCUUUAGUGGUGCGGAAAAUCGGCCCAGAGGGGUUGGUGACCGAAGUGGAGCACGGUGGUGUGCUGGGUAGCAGGAAGGGUGUGAACUUGCCGAAUGCAGAGGUGGACCUUCCUGGGCUGUCUGAGCAAGAUCUCUUGGAUCUGCGCUUCGGGGUGGAGCAUAAUGUGGACAUCAUCUUUGCCUCCUUUAUACGGAAAGCCAGUGAUGUGGCUGCAGUCCGGGCUGCCCUGGGGCCGGAAGGACAGGGCAUCAAAAUUAUCAGCAAAAUCGAGAACCAUGAAGGCGUGAAAAAGUUUGAUGAAAUUCUAGAGGUGAGCGAUGGCAUCAUGGUGGCACGGGGUGACCUGGGCAUUGAGAUCCCAGCCGAGAAGGUUUUCUUGGCUCAGAAGAUGAUGAUUGGGCGCUGCAACCUGGCCGGCAAGCCAGUCGUUUGUGCCACACAGAUGCUGGAGAGCAUGAUCACUAAGGCUCGACCAACUCGGGCGGAGACAAGCGAUGUGGCCAAUGCGGUGCUGGAUGGGGCUGACUGUAUCAUGUUGUCGGGAGAGACCGCCAAGGGCAGCUUCCCUGUGGAGGCUGUAAAGAUGCAACAUGCGAUUGCCAGAGAGGCAGAGGCCGCUGUGUACCACCGCCAGUUGUUUGAGGAGCUACGACGGGCAGCGCCACUGAGCCGUGAUCCCACUGAGAUCACGGCUAUCGGGGCCGUGGAGGCUGCCUUCAAGUGCUGUGCUGCCGCGAUCAUUGUGCUGACCACGAGCGGCCGCUCAGCUCAGCUCCUGUCUCGGUACCGACCUAGGGCAGCUGUAAUUGCUGUGACUCGUUCAGCCCAGGCUGCCCGCCAGGUCCACCUGUCCCGAGGAGUCUUCCCUGUGCUUUACCGUGAGCCGCCAGAAGCCAUCUGGGCAGAUGAUGUGGAUCGAAGGGUCCAAUUUGGUAUUGAAAGCGGAAAGCUCCGUGGCUUCCUCCGUGUUGGUGAUCUGGUGAUUGUGGUGACAGGUUGGCGACCUGGCUCUGGCUAUACCAACAUUAUGCGGGUGCUGACCAUAUCCUGAAAUGGCUCUCCCUCUUCCUCUUCCAUCCUGCACCCCUCUCACUGCCCCACAUCUGCUAUCCAGCCUCAACGCUGCACUUCACACAGGCCCUGAACGUCCAUCCAGUUAUGCACUGACCACCCAGCCGCAUCAGUUGUAAUCCCUGUCUCAAUCCGCUCAGCUGGACCCUAAAAUCCCUUGAGCCUUUAAUCCCAGUGGUUAAUUCUAUUCCUCUAGGCUCCCUAGCAGUAGAAUGGAGGAAGUGGAAACAGGGUGAUCUCAUCCAAUUUCCAUAGAGCCAUUAUUUUAAAACAUGACCAUUUCCUGAGCAAAAUGUGACCUCCUGAUGGCCUCAGUUGGGUCAGAACACUCCUUCUUGGAACAGUGGAGCACAGAACCACACUCUAGGGGAAGUUAAAAUAGAUGGUACUGGGGGAAACUGAGCCAGACAAGGUCUCACUGUAUAGCCUGGUCUCAGAUCCACAGAAAAUCCUCCUGUGUGACCCUCCCACGGGUAAGGAUGACUCCAGGAAGCCUUAGGUUUUGACUCCACAACCUUGGAGCUGAAUCUACAAGCCACUUACCUGGCUAUUCUCAUACCCACUGCUCUGCCGGGCCAGAUGAUCACAGCUAACUGCCCCCUAACCCCCAGAUCAGAAGCAAAAACUGGAUCUCUUCUUUUUAACCUCAACUGUUUAGAUGCAGUUAUAAAAACAACUUCCACAAGCCAAGAAUCCCAGAGUCCCCCCCAUCCUGGAGAAAUGGAGAUGCGUGGUCAUGGCCCCAGUGAGCAGAGGGCAGCUCUCGUCCCUGAGAAGGCAGGUGUUUGGAGACUCCAGGCCCUCCUCCUGGGCCCUGUCCACCUGUUACCCCCUUUCCACGACCUCCAUACAGAAAAUUUGAGUAUUGCUCCUGAGGGCAUUGUGCAAGGACCACAGAGAUGGCCCCCUGUCCCCCAGCCUCCCUACCAGGAGGUGGAGAGAACAGAGAACAGAGCGAGUA